AUGCUUUGCCUUCACCACCUAAGCAGUCCAAAUGAUAACAAUCUCGAGCCCAGGCAAUCCCAGCAGCCUAUUUAUGAUGCCAAUUCCAGUGAGGAUAGCCUCUUUUGCUCCCCAGGCCCAGACGAAAACACGGGGUUAUCAAGUAAUGUCAAUCCGUGUCCCGGCCAUCUAGCAUUAUCUGGAGACCCGGCAGCCUAUGAGCAGCACGAACAAAGAGAUAUUGGACCUUCGAUUCUUUAUGGCAAUGACGUUACCGAAACUACUCGAAAUCGUAAGCGCACUUUAGUAUCUCCGUUUGAGUUGGACGAGACAUGUACUGGAUCUAAUGCCUCUCAUGAACCGACAGCUGAGAGUAAACCAAGGCAAACCCGGAAAAGAAAUGGCCCCAAUGUCAAACGAGGGUCGAAAUCCUCACGGAAAUAUUGGCAAAAGAAUAUUCCCACGUUGUCCAGGCUUGGUGCAAACAACAGCAUUCAGCGCAGCAUUCAGCAUGCGCAAUCCAACGCAGAGAAGCCUGAAAUCCCAUCCUUCUCAACCAAAAACCAGAAUCAAGCGUUAAAAGAUAUGGUGGCAAAUGCUCCAACCGAGACCCGGGAGGAGGCUCUAACAGAUAGACAAUUCUUUAAUCAGGCGUUGCUCGCAUUCACGAAAAAACCGAAACUAGAUGGACGUGGUGGUUGGUUACAUCCGAAUAUGGCCACCUCCCUGUUUCACUACCAGCUAAUAGGGGCAGGAUUUAUGCGUAAUCGGGAAAAAUCCACGAUACCUCCUUUUGGCGGCUUCCAAUGUGACGAGAUGGGCUUCGGGAAAACUAUCCAGGCUAUAGUGGAUGAUCAAGAGAUCAACCAAGGGACCGACAAUGUGACACUGGUUGUGGCACCAUCUCACCUUACAAAACACUGGAACGACCAGUUUGCUCAGCACUGCAAAAAGGGGGUUCUUAAACCUGUGAUGGAGUACCAUGCUCGUUCUAAACCUAAAUCCACCGACGAUAUUGGACUUUUCCGCAGUUGCAGCGUAAUAAUAACGACAUACUCUGAAGUGCGAUCUUCUAUCCCCAAGUUUAAACCCCCUCCCGGCGUCAUCCAAGAAAACGACAAAAAACAGCUUCGGAUGGAAUUUAUAGAAAAAAACAAAGGCCCUCUUCAUCGCAUGAAAUUUAGGAGAAUUAUUCUGGACGGCAAGUACAGUACAAUUAACAACCGAUAUGGCCGAAUUCUAAAUUUAAAGCUGAUGGAUCAUUUAGAGGCCCACGAAAUAAAAAACAAUGACUCGCAAACCAGUGUUGCCGUUCUUAUGCUUUCUGGGCAUUGCCGUUGGGUAAUUUCUGGAACCCCUCUUCACAAUGGCACCCAUGAAUUAUAUCCAUACCUUCAUUUUCUUCAGGUACCACUGGAAGGUGAUUACAAAAAGUUCGUGAAGGAACAACUCAAGUACCAUGACACCGAGGACCCGUGGAUUAACACUCUGCUGCGCACAUGUAUGCUGAAGCGUGGUCAUGAAGAAACAUUGUUUGGUGUUCCAAUUCUCAAACUUCCGGAUGUAAUGGGUAGAGACAUUGUGAUCAGUUUCAGUGCGACAGAAAGGGAGCUCUACCAGAAGGUUAUUGCGAUGUACUUGGAACAACAUCACGUGUUUUCGAAUUCCCCCGGAAAACUCAAAAAGGAGUAUCAAAGCCAUAUUACCUUGCUUCUACGGCUUCGGAUGUUUACGAGCCACCUACUUUUAACGCAGAGUGUGCUUGAAGACUUCCUAACCAUUCGUGAGCUCCAGUCGCUUCGAAGUAGCCUGGGUGAAUGCCUAGAACGAAAUGAUGCGGCUAUUUGCAGUUUACUUGAAGAUCUCAUUCGACAGCAAAAGUUGCGGGGAAAUAGUCAAGAACAGCCAUCGACCCCUCCAGCAUAUCAGCCGAGUCCCGAAGCCUCAAAAAGUCCUGAAGCGUCAAAGCUGCAAAACUUAGUCAAUGGUUUCGUUGAUGCCCUCAAAUCUCCCUGCAGAGAGCAGAAUGUGUCCCAAGAAUGCAUCAAAUGCCACCGUGAACCAACUUCAGUCCUUCUCACAUCAUGCCUGCAUAUUUACUGUCAAGAUUGCGCUAGUGAGGCUGUGAUUCAGGCUGGAUCUGUUUGCGAUUGUGGCGCGGCUGUCGACCAAACUGUAUCCUGUAGGUCUUUAGAGUCGCUCAUCACUAGCGCCACACCCCAGCUGGAAGGAAAUCCAGUUGGUAUGGUAAAUUCUCACAAAAAGUCAAGAAAAAAGACCGAUAGAAAGGGCUCUGAGGUUGAGAGCUCAAACGAAGAUAUGAAUUGGGUGGCUUGUGUUGGCCAUCUAAUGCCAGGAGCAAAAUUAACGGCAAUCAGCUCCUGCUUGGUAAACUGGUUCAAAAAUUCUGUUGAAACGAAAGUGGUGAUAUUCACCCAGUUUCUUGGAAUGGCCCACGUUCUUGGCUCAAUGUGUCAGGAAAAUCGCUGGGGUCAUCUGUCACUCACUGGCAAAAUGCCGAUUCGACAACGCGAGAAAUGCAUCGAAGAAUUUUCUAAAGACCCGGCAAUCCGUAUUUUGGUAUGCUCUCUCCGAACAGCGGGUACUGGGCUUGACCUUACAGCUGCAAAUAAAUGCAUUUUGGUUGACCUCUGGUGGAACGAAGCCAUCGAGCAACAAGCAUUCUUCAGACUUUUUCGUAUUAACCAAAAGAGGAAGGUCGAAUUUGUUAGGGUUGUAGUACGAAAUAGCAUCGAUGACCGUUUGCAACUUAUACAAGAGGAUAAAUCGAACAAUAUUGAUAGGGUGCUGGGCUCUGAAGUCCUUAGUUCACGAGACUCCCUUGCGAGUCUCUGUACUGUUCUGGGUGUUGAACAGGAUGACGGCACGGAAACCGGGUAUAGAUUUAUUUCAGAUGAGGAGGCCGAGCGGAGGUGUGAAGCAGCAAGGGUAACUGUACUUGAUGGCGAAUUUGGCAAAGAUCCUGGACAUGCUGAGGCCGAUAAAUGCGAAAGCUCGGCCAGCAACACUGGUUCCAAGGAUUUUCAUAUUACGCCUCUGAGUGCUUUGGGGAUUGAAGGUAUUGGGAGUACUGAGGCUGGAACUGUUAAUGGCGGAGAAUCUUGCGAGGUUCCUAAAGGCCUUGGAGAUGGCAAACUUGCUAAAACCACAGAAGGCGCUGUUCCCGUUAUUGCUGAGGUUGAGGGCUCUGCCCAAGCUGCCCAUGAGCGAGUUUUCUAUCUUCCCAAGUGCUUUGAAGGUGCCAUAUCUGCUGAAAACAACGACGGUAUUGUCGUUCCCGACAUUUUAAGGGCCAUUAAUGAUUUUGACAACUUGACCCUGACUCGCUCUGAUAUUCCCAUGAAUCAUGAAGCGUAA